CUAUUACUCCUGCCGUGUGGCAUUCAUUGUCUAUUAAACGUUUUUCCGGAACACUGUAUUGACGUUUCAGGCAGUGUAAAGUCUUGACUGAAACACGGUGUUUCUCAAUGGCGGUCGCUAGAGCUGUUAAAUUACAGAAAACUGUAGUUAAUGAAUUGAGGAAGCACACGGCAUCUGUUAUAUUUCUCCACGGAUCAGGUGACACUGGACCUGGUAUACGAGCAUGGGUUAAAGAUGUCCUAAAUGAAGAUCUUGUUUUCCCCCAUAUCAGAGUAGUUUAUCCAACUGCUCCAGCCAGACCUUAUACACCAAUGAAUGAGAAUUUGUCAAAUGUGUGGUUUAACAGAUACAACCUACUUAAUGACAGCACAGAGCACAUCGAAACAAUUGACUCAAUGGGUCGGAUUCUUACAAAUUUUGUUGAACAAGAAGUCCAAAGUGGCAUUCCUUUAAACAGGAUAAUCAUUGGAGGCUUUUCAAUGGGAGGAGGAAUGGCAAUCCAUUUAGCAUACAGGUUUCUUCCACAUGUAGCCGGAGUGUUUGCGCUUUCAAGUUUUUUGAAUAAAGAAUCCAUUUGUUACCAGGUGCUGCGGGAAUAUUCUGGCCCUCUGCCUGAAUUAUUUCAGUGCCAUGGAGAAUCCGAUGACCUUAUUCUGCAUCAGUGGGGUGAGGAGACCAACAAAGAACUAAAAGCACUGGGUGUGCCAUGUUCAUUUCAUAGUUUUCCAGAUCUUGAUCAUGAACUCCACAAAGCAGAACUGGAAAUGUUGAAAUCCUGGAUUUUACAAAAAUUGCCAGAGGUGAUGGAGUAAUGUGCGUUUAAAGACACUAAAACGUUGGGGAAGUCCUGGGGGGGAUAUUUGUUGAUUGUGCAAAUAACAUACCCUGAGACAGUCACAAGGAGUGGUUAGACUGAAUGCAGAAAACUUUAGUAUGCAUUUUGUUGCAUUUGCACAAAAAAUGGACAAAUUCAUUUGAAACACAUUGUACGCAGAAAGGAAAGUAAGAAAACAAUGCUAAUCACUGCUGAUAAUGAACCUGAUGGAGACUUUUUUUUUUUUCGUGCACCUGAUCUGAUGCUGCAUGUGUGCUUGAGUUGCAAGAAGUAGCAAGUACAGAGAAGGAAUGCCCACUCUGUUCUUUAAAGCAAAUGGAACAGACUUGUGUUUAUUUCUACCAGUGACCAUGAUUAAGUAGCCUGCACAAUAUUUAUGGUGGCAAAUGUUUCUGAGAAUCGGGACUUGCUUUUUAUUCAUCUCUGAGAGUAAAAGGAUGAUAAAUCUUCAGUGCAUAUAUGUAGGUGGCAGUAGUAAUGAACGUUGUACAACACAAGGCAUUUAGAAGGUCUUCAAGUUCAGGACAGGAUAAAGGAAUCUGAAUAUAAAUAAAAAGGGUAAUACAGUUUUCUAUAGCAAAAUGGCAUUUGAUAGAGUUGGCUUUUGACUGAAAUGAAAGACUGGAUGAAGGCCUAGAAUGCCAUCAUGGAAGGUUGCAGUUAAGCUGGGGUCAUUACUUCAAAGUUGCCAGUCUUUCCAUAUGUUUGAGCUUCUUCAGUUUCUUACUCUGGCAGUAGAAUUAACUACUGUCUAGUCUGUUAUAGAAGAAUCUGAUUAUCAGAACAUCUACAGAGAAAAUUGCUGUUAACCACUUUUUUCUUAACCUUAUGAAGAGCAGGCACCUGCUCUGUCCCACACGUUCUUGUUCAGCAUGUCUUCAGGUUCAUGCUUGUAUUUACCAUGAAUGAGUAUAUUUAGGGCUUCAUUUGUGAGGAGCAGUUAUUCCAACCCAGAUUUUUUUCCCCCUUAGUCAUGUUUUGUAGCUCUCAUCUUGCUGUGACCUGUGUCAGCACUUUUUGCCAGGGUACAUAAGGCCAAACCUACUUUACCUUCUUUUUUUUGUUUUCCCCCAUUGCAUGUGCUGUACAUUCCUCCAUGCAAACAUCGUAGGAAAUUGCUCACAUUUGCAUUCUAGAAGAAAUGACUGAACAGCAUACAGAGUCCCUAUGUCCCUUUGUUAUAAACAUGCCAAUCAAGGCCUUCAUUUGCCAACUACUUCAGGUGUUGGUGAAAACAGCAUGUGGACUUACUGAAUGACAAAGUGAAACUUCAGGCCUUCAUUAGGGUACGACUUGAAGUUUAUAUGGAUCACUAUAAUUUGCUUUCACUUGUAUGCUGUAUUAGCAUCACUGUUUAAAAAAUUAGUAUUGAUGAUCUUGUCUUUUUUGCCAAUUAAAAUGAAAGUACCUUUAUGUAUUACACAUUUUUAAACUUUAAUAGAUUUUUGCAUGGUCGGGUUCUUGUUGACACUAAAAAUAGCAGAUAAAAUAUCCUGUUGUAAAAAUAUCCUGUUGUAGUAGCAGUAUGCCUGCUAUACUGUUCUAGAUAGAAGGAUCAGCUACUGCCCUAAGUCGUCGUAAAACUUAACACUGCCUUUACAGGAGUAUCCAACACAGGUUGUGAUUGUACAGAUCGAAUGGUCUCUUUCAAGACAAGUGCAGGCAUACCUUCCUUUGCAGCAACUAUUUUUUUCAUUAUUACAACAGACAACUGCUUAACUACUGGUGUAUAUUAUGACACUGCUCAUGGCUUUAAUACAGGAAACCUAGAACUUGCUCUUUGAGUCGUUCAUUAAGACACCUUCUUGUUUCUGUCAAAUCAACACAAGUGAAUUCACUUUGUUGUCUGUGUUUGUUUUAGUAAUUAUUAGAUGGCAAUUUUCCUGAUACCUCUCAAUGUCUCCACUCAAACAUCAAAAACAUUGUCCCAAAACCAGGUACAGAAUUUAUGUAAAAUUCCGCUAGUCAGACUUUUUUUAGUAAUAUGCAAUUUUUUGUUCUGCAUGAUCAGUGAAGGACAGAGUGAACCUGAUAGAAAAAUAAGGGAAGUAUGUUUGAGUGUUAUAGGACUUCAGUAAUGAUUCUGAUAAUGGUAUGGGGUAGUGACAGUCAGAAUAUAGAAACUAAGUGAAUAUAGGAGAAAGUCCAGGGAAGUAAAUUAGAAGAUUAAAUAGAUGUUUCAGAAUAAAAUUAUUUCAUAUGUUAACAGAUCAUUUAAAGAUUAAAAAAACAGAUUGGAGGAUGCAGAAGAACAGAGUGAGAGCCACACGAUGUUAGCGUAAUAAAAACGUUUAAUCCACGCUUUCGUAACCAAACUUCUUCAGAAUAAAAUGUACAUUCUCUACAUCACAUUUAAAAACAGUUUUGUAAUGCCUCUGCUCUGUUUUUUUUUGGUUCUUGUGGUUAUCCAGGAGUUUUCCUCAUUUAAAGAUUAGGUUACAAAAAAUGUUCAUUAUAAAGUAAUAAGCAUGAGAGGCAGACAAUGGUGAGUUAAAUAAAGCAGACAUGUGGUAACUAAGGGAGGUAAUAUUGUACCUAGCACACAGAAAGCUUCUGUAAUAAUUGUUUACAAAUUUUAUAUGCCAAUAAUUAUGAAAUGUUAUUGGUGAAUCCUAGAGACAAAAAAUAGAUUUGUUAUGAAAUUUUAUUACAAAACGGCAGUUCUAAAAGUAUAAAAACUGAAAGUUGAAAGAAGUAGUUAACAUAAUAUUGUCUAGCUAUACUUGUGUUUUAUUGACUCCUCAAAACUGACAAAGGAUGGAAAGAAACCUACCUGUAUAUCUCAAGACAAAUACUUCAAAACUUCUGCUAAAAUUGUACAGUCUUGUGUUAAGAACCUUAGACUAGUGAAAUAAACACUUGAACAAUUAAAUGUAUUUGACAUAAUUUGAUAUGAAAGCAUUAUGUACAAAUAUUAAGCAUCAUGUUGCAUACAAUCUGUAGUGUAAUUCAUGCAAAAGUCGCAAAACUGUGUAAUGGAGAUAGUUGAUAUUUUGUUUUUAUUUGAUGGAGAAUUCUCUUUAGAUUAAUGGACCAGAUUUUUCCUGUCUCAAAUACUAAUAUUAGUCUUUACAAAAGAUGUAUGUCUGUAGUACUUGAAAGAGAAUGUAUUGGUGUAAGUUUUUAUAAAUCCACAUUUUUUGGGGAUAAAGCUAAAAAUUCCUAUUAAUUUGUACAACAGUUAAGGUGGUUAAGAGAUUGAGGUUAAGGGUGGUAUUCACAGCGUCUCUUCAUAUAUGUGCAUGGCCAAAUGAGGAGUGUCGCCAUUGUCCUAUGUUUAUACAAAUAUACCUACACAAGUGAAGGGCUGCACAGACACACCCACAUGCUUUGUCUGCAAGUUCUUAAACUUGAGUAGAAGUGGCCGGGUUGUAUGAGAAUUUAACAACUUGGAAUGUAAAGUAACUAUUACUUCCAGCUGUUUUCAGAAUUGAGAGGUGAGCACGAACUUACAAAAGUUAAUAUAUGUUAAUGAUGCUCAAUUAAGGAAAGCAGCACCCUGUACCGCUAUUUAGACAUGAAGUUAAAGAUAUACGGUGUUAUGUAUUGAAUGCAUUGAUGUCCUUAUGUGGGCACCCUGACUGUGUCUUUGUAAGUUGCAAAGGAGAAGACAGGACAGCUAAAAAUGGGGGUAGAGAAAAGACAAAGUGUAUACAAAUGUAGGACAUCAGGAGGGUUGUGCUGAGGUGGGUGGCAAAGUAGGGAUACUCAUUUUGGUGAGGAUAGACCCCAAUUUUUCAUUUUUUUUUUUAUAACCAGAAAGUUGGGGAUGGAAGACAGGAAGAGGGUAUAUGAGAGAGGAUUAGGGAAGCAUUAAGGAAAGCACAUAGCAUAAAAGACAGACAACACAGACAGAAACACUGUUGUAGGUUUACAUUACUGGGGGACUCGAGACAAGUGGAGGGAGAGGUGGUAGAGGUGGUAGAACAGGUCUCGCCUCUGUCCAGAGGACCUCAAAUAUUUCCACUGGCUGAUGGACUUGUAGUGGGGGACCACAGUGACUUGUGGAUGAAGGCUUCCGGAGACUCAGUGGACAGAUGCAGCCAGGUCAGUAAGUCUGUAACCCACUGAAGGAGGUGCUGCAUUGUUGGAGGGUGUCUCUCCACCCCUCACUUAACUGUGUCUUCAGCCUGCUCUUGAACCUCAUUCUGUUUGUUACUUUACAGGCUGCACAGCACCAGGGUUCCCACAGAACCAGAGCCACCACCUUGACCCUGUAAAGACAUAUUAUCAGGCGACCAGAGGAAGCUGGUGAUCAGUCCCUGACCUGUGAGGCACAAGAGUGGGCUGCCCGUGGUAUCUCUGGACCUGUGGAAAAGGAACCUAAAAGGGGAAAGAGAG